GCUUGGCUCUCUCAUUAUCAUCGCAGUUCAACGCGUAAAAAUUCGAGUGCGAGUGAUUCACGAUCGGACAUGUGAAACCCAUUAGCCAUCGGAAAGAGGCGACUCCGGCGGAUAGUCUGCUCUCGGCAGCAGCGUUUAUAUCGCUCCGAUCUGAUCCAAUACCCUACUGACAUGUGGACUCAUCACCGAAAGGGGUGUGUGUGUGUGCGUGUGAGAAAAGAAGAAGCCACAAAUAAACAAAACAACCGACACGUAAGUCGUCGGUCGGUACGUACAACGUAUAGGUAUACAUGACACAUAGGUAUAACCGCGAGAAACUGUGCGCGUGUUUUGCUGGGUAAUGAGAAUAGCCGACGGAGAAGAGGUGUCGAUCGGAGCACCUGCGGAACAUAUUAAAGAGACGUGUGACACAAAGAGCCGAGGAGGAGAAGGAGGCGGUGGUGGUGUAGGUUGCGAGAGAGCAGUGAUAUAGACCGAUACUCACUCGCAUCCGGACUUCAUAGUCGGUGUAGCGCUUCUUGCCGAGGCCGUGAGUGAUCGGGUUGAUCACGUCGAUCUCGAGAAAGUUCGCCGGGGCCGCGUAGGCGUCGUCGAGCGUUUGCUUCUUGAUGUUGAGCCGCCGCGUCGCGUCGACCGUCGUAUCUGCCAUGGCGCUAUCCUCGAGACACAACAACUGUCACCACCGCGCACUUUAUACAACACUCCUCUUUCUCUCUCUCGCGAUCUCUUGUCCCCUUCGGCUACUCCGCCGCCGCAGCACUAGCCUACCGGACGUUAAAUCCACCUACCGUCACGUCCUCGCGGCUGCCGCUCUGCCGAGGAGAGAUAUGUGUGUACACUGUACAGUGGGGUGGGCAACGACAGCGCGAGAGGCAUAGACCUUCGCGGACGCACUGCGCAUACCAGCCGCCUCUCUUUGUAUAUAUGCGUGUGUAUCCGUAUGCGAGAGUCUGCUGCUGCUGCUUUAGCUGGCCGAUACGAGGAAUCCGGUUCCUCCCCCUUUCGCUGAGAGAGAGAGAGAGAGAGAGAGAGAGAGAGAGAGAAGUGCGGACGUAUGCGAGGUCGUUGGUUCUUGCCGCUGGAGCAGCGCUUUCAUUGGUCCCCCGAUACAGAGGGAAAGUUCCUCGGCGAUUAUGUUAUUGCAUUUUGCGAUGCUCGAGAUGGGCGACUUUUUAACGCCGAGUACGAGCGCACUCGCCGAUCCUAUUAGCAUAGAUUUACGCUGCAAUUCGUAGCUCUCUGCGCUGUUCGAUUAUUAUCGCCUGCUACUUACUGACUUUGCAUUUUGCAUAGCUAUGCUGCUAUUUCGAAACGGUUUUUGCGCUGGCGUCGAUCAGUUUUCGUUUGUUCAAUUUACUUUGCUGAUAUCGAUUUUUAGCGAUGUGCAGCCUGCGUCGAUUUUGUAGGACAGCCAACAAGCUUUACAUAACGUCUCGAACUCCUUUCAUUCGAUGCGAUGAAUGCGAAUGCGACGUUCCUACGGUUUCGUCAUUAUAUGCUAUAUAUCUAUUAUUCGCGUAUCUCUUGGCGCGAAACGCGGGCGCCGCCUAUCGGGUUCUCUUUUAGAUGUUGUUUUUUUAUUUUUCGAUCAUAAUAAUUUAUAAUAAUUUGAUCAUUUUAUUACACUUCCUCUCUCUGUUUCCUUCUACUUUGAGACCAUUGAGCUUAGCUUGUUCUGUAAAGCAUAAUAUCUGACGAUUUGCAGAAUUUGUUGAAAUUAAAAAUAUAUACAAAAUAUACAUACACUACACUACACUUUUAAAUGGCCUCCCGACAAGUAGCAACAGCAGAAGCUCCAACGAUUGUUGCGAUUGGCCGCUUCCCUCAAAUCUCAGCUUCCGGCGCCCUGAUUGGCCGCGACAAAUGGUCCAUAAAGAGACUGAGUGAGAGAGAGAGAGAGAGAGAGAGAGACAUAUCGCUACUGAUGCUGUCGAAUGCAGCAGCUGCAUAAUAUACAAACCAAGCCGCAACACACACACACCAUAAAAUUUCGGAACGCGCCCCCCUGGAAUGUCGUCGUCGCCGCGUAGUUCGGAGGGGAAAAUCAGUGCGUCAAUCGGGUCGACAAAAAACUGAUCAAGACCCAUCGACGCUGGACAAUCGAACGCUUUGAUUAUCGUCGAGCGUCUUUUCGUCUCUGUUUUACGUCGAAAAAGGGAGCGUAAAUACACAAUCCUGUGGCCGCGGCGAGGAUCGAACAAAGAAACUAGAGAUAAUGCAGCUGAGGAUUGGAGCUUUUUGUGUCGUGGCUCUUGUACUUUCCGAAAACGCGAGAAGCCGAUGCUAGCGUUUAGCUGAGGUUAGAAGGAUUAGUUUGUUUAAUCAAUUAAUUAAUUGAAAGCUAGUGCAAUUUUGGAAGGGUUGAUCGAGAUGGCCAAUCCGGAGGGUACAAUACUCUUCGCUAAGCUUGAAGCUUUGAAGGACAUCAGAUCCAAGACUCUCCAGUUAGACAAGAUAAAGCAGAGGAUCUUUCAAGAGGUCGAGCUCACUGAACAGGAGGACAAAUGUUUGAUGGAGUACAAACAGGAGAUGGACCUUCUGAUGCAGGAGAAGAUGGCUCACGUUGAAGAGCUUAGGCAAAUUCAUGCUGAUAUCAAUGCUAUGGAAUCGGUGAUCAAACAUGCAGAGGAAGCUAGGAAUAGGGCUAGAGAAGCUGCUAAAAUUAUUCAUAAUAAUGACUAUCAGCCUCUGAAACACGACGUUGAUAGAAUGAGAAGAGAUUAUUUAGGUCUUGAGAGAUUACCAGAACUUUAUGAAAUUGAGUCUGACAUAACUCCAGAUUAUUUUGAUCGUGCAGUACAAAAGUCAGAGUGGCGAAUGGACGUUCGAGGAGAAGAUUUGCUUCCUCCACUAAAUAUGCACUCGCAUGGUGGACAUCAAGGAAGUAAUGCCUUCUUGGCGCCACAGCCUCUACAAGGCUCUAGUAAGACAGAACCCAGACCACUUCCUCCAGCCCCUGGGCCUCCUGCUCCAACAUUCAGACAACAACCUCCACCCAUGAAGUCUUGCCUUUCUUGCCAUCAACAGAUUCACAGAAAUGCACCCAUUUGUCCUCUGUGCAAAGCCAAGUCUCGAUCUCGUAAUCCUAAGAAGCCAAAAAAGAAAGACUAAAUUUUUUAUUGCCAAGAAAUUCAUUUAUUCAUUCAUUUACUGAUUCAUGGUAAUCACAUCAUAAUUAUAGUGUAAUCAAAAUGAUUCAGCUGAUGGAAUCUUAGCAUACAAUUCAUAGCUGUAAGAUGUGUCAUUUUUUUAACAAUUUUUUUUAUCGUCAUCAGAAAAAAUACGUGUCAUUAGUACAAAACGUUUGUAUGUUUGUCUACCUGUAUCAACUGUCUUGUUUUAAAUAAUACUACAAAUAUAUUGUAAUAAUUGUGUGUUCAAUGAA